CCAGGAGGGGAAAAAAGCGGGAACAAUGGCUUUCGCGACAGAGGGACGCGAACACCCAAUGCCGCAGCGACUGGCAGGGUCGCGAUGCAGGAGGACGAAGUGGGAGAAGGGGCACUUCGGCCUCCCUGCGGGCGGGAGCUAGGCUGCUGGAAAGUCCGCUCGCCUCUCGCCCCAAGGGAUGAUCCUCUGGGCCUUUUGUACCGCUCGCCACGGAAAAUGGUCACAGGCUUUUGUCCCCAAACCGAACACUAUUGGAAACACAGGGCCCCUGGAAGCCGCCACGUUGGCCAUUGGCGGUGGCGCACCCACCCCCGUGCUACUGCGCGUGCGCAGCGCUGCGACACACUCCGACCCCAUCCAGCGUUCGCAGGGGGCGGUGGGAAGCGGAAGUGCUCAGCUGACCCGGGCGGGCGGUUCCUACUUCGCAGUAGCUGUUGUCGUCGGUCUCUGAGGUUUCAGGCUCUUGGCGGUGAAGGUCAGAGUGCAGACCUGAGACCACUGCUCACCGACUUCAGACUCCAGUUUAUCUGUGCCCCGGCUUCCUCACUUAGUCUCAGAAGACUUAGGCUGAGGCCCCAGGAGGAGAUCUCCAUCCUUUGUCCAGAGCAGAACAGGAUGGCCAUGUCCCAGGAAUCAUUGACCUUCAAGGACGUGUUUGUGGACUUCACCCUGGAGGAGUGGCAGCAACUGGACUCUGCCCAGAAGAACCUCUACAGGGAUGUCAUGCUUGAGAACUACAGCCACCUGGUGUCCGUGGGGUAUCUAGUUGCGAAGCCAGAUGUGAUCUUCAGGUUGGGACCAGGAGAAGAGUCCUGGAUGGCAGAUGGAGGGACCCCGGUACGGACCUGUGCAGGUGAGGACAGGCCAGGUGAGUCAGGCCGGGGAAAGGAGACCAGGUUGGUUGGUGACAGCUUGGCCUCUGGGAUGAGCUCAGGAGCUCUUCUGAGAGCCCCGGACUUGUGGACAUGCCUAGCCUCUGAUGAGCGGAACUGUUGUCAUGUCCAAAUGAGGCCUCUGCCUGGCCGCCAGUUACAGUCUCUGCGUUCUUUGCUUGGCGUUCCCAUAAAUUGUGGCCACUCUUGUUCUGAGAUCCCAUUUCUACCUUCCAGCCUCCUGGCUUGUUAGUGAGAAGUGCCAAGCCUCUUCUCAUUCCUCUCCCACCACCUUUCUGGAAGCUUUUAAGACUUACUCUCCCACCUUCUUGGCCUUUUGUAUUUUCACCAUGGUAGAUGUAUUAAUAGAUGUCAGCAUUUCCUCUUUAUUGGGCAUACUGUGGGCCCUUUCAGGCUGAAAUUUGGACUGUUUUUUUGUUUGUUUGUUUUUUGUUUUUUGUUUUUGUUUUUGUUUUUUGGCCUAAGGUAGAUUAUCAUACCUGUUUUUUUUUUGAGUCACUAUGGACACCAAAGCUUUGCCAGUGACCUUUUCCCAACCAGGUACCUACCACGUUCUUGCCUGCUGUCACUUUGUGGUUAACACUGUAAACCUCACACCAUUUUCUGUUUUCUCUACUUAUUUCUUCUCAGACUGUUACAAAUCUGACUUCAUACUACUUGUUACCAGAUUCCUCCAUUUUUCAAUACAUCCUUCCCACUCAACUCUUGUUUUUGUUAUAAUCUCUUUACUUAUUCAAAAAAUAAACACACUCGAGAGGACAUUACUCCCAAGGUGGAAUACUUCAGUGAACCAUAUUUUAGUCCUGCAUAGAGCUGCUUUUUCCUUGUCUAUUUUUCCUGUGGGCUGCCUACAAGGAUCCAGAAACUCUUCUGAUACACUGGUCUGCUCUUUCUCUCCCCUUCAUAGUACCCCCUUCACUGGCCCAUGGCAAAGAAGCCUGUUUAGAAUGCUGUUACUCUUCAGAGGGUGAUCCAUGAACCAGCAGCCUGGGCAUUGUUGGGGCACUAAGUAGAAAAUCAGAAUCUGAGGCCCCACUCUAGAUUUUCUGAAGGAGAAUGUGCAUUUCAACAAGCUCCCCAGGGACCCCAUAGACACAGUAAAGCUUGAGAAUCACUGCUCAUUAGAGAUUAAUUUCAGAGCAUCAGCUGUAGUCAGGUGCUGGUCCCAAAGACUCCUCAGAUGGCUUCCUCCAGAACCCACUCCUCGGCACACACACCUAUUCUCUGAGAUCCUCCCUGUGCUGGCAUUUGUGGCUCCCACCAUUCUGUAGCUUCCUCCAGGAAUGUUUUGGGUGAUGAUAACCUCUUUGUUGCUCAGUGUAAUUCCAUAUCUGCUGCUUUGAGAUUCAUCAGGAUUUCUGGUGUGCUGAUGGUAUGCUUGGUUUCUUCCAGUGAUGCCUGGAAUUGUAAUGACUGUAUGUCUUGUUCUCAUUUCAGUGCUGUCCUAGAAGGGAGGAAAAGCAAAUUCAGGCACAGUCUACCCUCCUGAGUCCCAAUUCCCUCAUAAGAAAAACUAUUAUAUUAAAAUACAGACAUUUAUAUAUUCAGUCUAAGUGCAGAACAGUAUAGGCUAAAAAGUAAUCUUAGGUGCAUUCCCAAUCACACCCCCCAAGGGCAGCUUCUUCUAAAGAUUUCUCUUUUUGGUUCUGGUGAGCACCUCCAUAGGUUUAGGGAAUACCUUUAUAUCUGCAUUUUAUGGGUUUUCAGUUUUAUCUUCCCUCUAUGAAAAGUAAGGAUUUCCCUCACACUUUGGCCUUCCACUCCCCAGCUCUUCACAAGUUUGUUAUAUGCUUAUUUUUAGUUCCUUUAUUGGUUACAUUUGUAACUUUAAAUAAUAUAGCUAUGCAUUUCAUAUGGUAACUUUAAAAAAAAUAUAGCUAAGUGCCAGUGGCUCAUUUCUU